AUGAUAACAACAAAUGUAUUAGAAGAAUCUUUAAGUUUUGGACCUUUACCAACAAGUUUAAUGAUAGCUGAACCAGCAUAUUUAAUUGCACAAACAACAACAGAUCGAUUAUCUGAAUUACCAACAAUCUAUGCUGAUCCUAAACGAUUAUCUGAUCCAAUACGUCUUAUUGAAUGGGUAUGUAAUCUACGUUGUGCUAGAUGUCCAAGUGAACAAAAUAUGGAAUUAGUUUAUUGUCAUCAAUUAGGUCAAUCAUUCUAUCGAACAACACGUAGAAUUGAAGCUGGUGAAGAAUUAUUAAUUUGGUUUCGAAGACAAGAUUUACAACCAUUAGUUACAGAAUACUUGAAUAAUUUGUAUAUUUCAGAAGCAUGGAUAGGACAUACAGUAAAAGCAACGGAUCUAUUACAGAAAGAUUAUGAACAAUUUGUAAAUCCACAUAAAUCUUUCAAUACAGAAUAUUGCAAAUUUCAAUGUUCCAGAUGUCAUGAUGAAUUCACUUACAUUUAUCCCUAUAUAUCGCAUUGUUUAUUUAAAUGUCAAAAACAAACUAUCAUUCAAAAUAUUCAAUGGUUCAAUCAUCAUAGAUUCAUAGAAUCAAAUGAGUUUCCUAUUGAAUUAACUAAUAAAUAUACAUAUCAAAAAAAUAUCGAUUUAUUAUUACAUAACAAUAUGAAUACACCAUUAAAUCAGAACAAAUUAGAUCAUCAUGAGAAGAACACAAUUGAAAAUGAUGAUGAUGAUUAUGAUGAUGAUGAUUAUGAUGUUGAUGAUGAUGAUGAUGAUGAUGAUGAUAAUGAUAAUAAUACACAAGUAACGUUUGAAACUAGAUCCAAUAAAAUAGAGGAUCAAUUACAGAAGGUGGGAAAUAUUGGGAAAAUGAAUGAAUUAACAUCUAUGAAAAAUUUCAAUUCAUUACAUAGAAAAUAUUUACAUAGAAUUCAAUCUAAUCAUAAAAUUGUCAAACCUUUUAAAACAUUAAAGCAAACUACUUAUAUAGAUAAUAGUAGUAAUAAUUUGUAUACUAAAAAAUCUAAAUUAAAAACUACAUUACCAUUAAAAUCUCGUAAUCCAUUAGUUGAACAGUUAUUACAAACAAUCAUGUCACAUAAAAUAGAUUCAAAUGUUGAAAAUAAUUCAUCCAGUCUAAUUUCGAAUAUGACAUUAUCAUUAAAAAAGCCAAUAUCAUCAACAUCAUCGACGACGAUGGCAACUAUGACACUGACAACAACAACAACAACAACAUCAUCACCGUUAAUAAGUAGUUUAGCAUUAGCACAAAAUUGGUGUGCACGUUGUUUUAUUACAUUUCGUUUAACUAGUGAUUUAGUACAUCAUAUGCGUACAUGUCAUAAUCAAGGUAGUAAAUAUUCUAAUGCAAAAGAUCGUUUAGUAUCACAUCAUAAAACAAUAAAUACAACUGAUUUAAUCAAUAAGAGAAAACAGUUAAGCAAUGAGAACGAUGAUAAUAAUGAAAUUGGUUUAUUACACUGUAAUGGGCAAUCAUCCAUAUCAUCAUUGACAACGGUUAGAACAUCGCCACAAAUCACAAUAACAACAGCGACGACAACGACGACGACAACGACGACGACAACAACACCAACAGUACCAUCUUAUUGUUCAACAUUAAACAAACCAAUUUGUUCUUUAUGUGGUGAACAAUUUAAAGAAAAACAUCAUUUAACUAGACAUAUGCUAUCACAUACAUAA